AUGGCCAGUCGUCGAAAAUCCGUAUUAAUUGCGGCUCUGUGUUUAGUCUUUUGGGCCUGCGCUAGCUUGGCCCAGGAGAACAAUGUCCUGUUUGAGACCAUCAACUUCCUGCGUCGCGGUCAGGCGGAUCUCGAGCUGGAGAACUAUGACAACAAUCUGGUGCUGGACGCGGAGUAUGACUUUAUUGUUGUGGGUGCCGGCACGGCGGGCUGUGCUCUCGCCGCCCGCCUCUCCGAAAAUCCCCAGUGGCGCGUUCUACUCCUGGAGGCCGGCGGACCCGAGCGUCUGGUCAUGGAUGUACCCAUAGUGGCGCAUUUCCUGCAACUGGGCGAAAUGAACUGGAAGUAUCGGACACAGCCCUCGGAUCAUGCCUGUUUGGCGAUGAACAAUAACCGCUGCAACUGGCCACGAGGCAAGGUAGUUGGCGGCAGUUCUGUGCUCAAUUACAUGAUGUACACACGCGGCAAUCGCAGGGAUUACGAUCGCUGGGAGGAGCUGGGUAACCCCGGCUGGAGCUUCAAGGAUGUUUUGCCUUACUUCAAGAAAUACGAAGGAAGCAGUGUACCCGAUGCCGAAGAGGAUUAUGUGGGUCGCAAUGGUCCCGUUAAGGUUAGCUAUGUGAACUGGCGUUCCAAGAUCGCUGAGGCCUUUGUGGAUGCCGCCCAGCAGGAUGGUCUGAAGUAUAGGGACUAUAAUGGAAGGAUACAGAAUGGAGUGGCCUUCCUGCAUACCACCACCAGAAACUCAACCAGAUGGAGCUCCAAUCGCGCCUAUCUGUAUCCCCUGAAGGGCAAACGCAGUAAUUUGCAUGUUAAGAAACAUGCUCUGGUCACCAAGGUCCUGAUUGAUCCUCAAACCAAGACUGCCUAUGGUAUUAUGGUUCAAACCGAUGGACGCAUGCAGAAGAUCUUGGCAAGAAGGGAGGUUAUUGUGUCGGCAGGAGCUAUCAAUACCCCACAGCUGCUGAUGCUGUCUGGGGUGGGUCCAGCGAAGCAUCUCCGGGAGGUGGGCAUUAAGCCCAUAGCUGACCUGGCCGUUGGCUAUAAUCUGCAGGAUCAUACGGCACCGGCUGUUACCUUUACCACGAAUGCUACGUCUUUGAAGUUUGAAGAUUUCGCGGAUCCCACUUUGAUCAACAGAUUUAAUAGGAUGGAGGGUCCCUAUGGUUCACCUGGCGGCUGUGAGGCCAUUGCCUUCUGGGAUUUGGAUCACGAACGCGACGAGGACGGUUGGCCGGACAUUGAGCUAUUUUUGGUGGGUGGAUCCAUGUCCUCCAAUCCGGCUAUAUCGCGUGCCUUUGGCCUAAAGAAGUCCAUCUACGAUUCGCUGUUUGCUGAAAUCGAGGAUAAGUCACUCAAUGCUUUUAUGAUCUUCCCCAUGAUCCUGAGGCCCAAGAGUCGCGGUCGCAUCAUGUUGAAAAGCAGCGAUCCGUUCAAGUAUCCCUUGAUUCAUGCCAAUUACUUUGCCCAUCCCUAUGAUGUGGACAUCUCUGUCCGCGGACUCCUGAAGGCCAUCAGUUUGAUGAAUCAGCGCGGCAUGGAGGCCAUCAAUGCCAAGCUGUGGGAACGCAAGAUCCCCACCUGCAAGCAGCAUCCCUACAAGAGUUGGGCCUACUGGGCCUGCUAUGUCCGUCACUUCACCUUCACCAUUUACCACUACUCGGGUACGGCCAAAAUGGGACCCAAAUCGGAUCGGGCGGCAGUGGUCGAUGCCCGUUUGAGGGUCCAUGGCAUUAAGAAUCUUCGAGUGGCCGAUGCCAGCAUCAUGCCGGAGAUUAUGUCCGGUCAUCCCAAUGGGCCAGUGUUUAUGAUUGCCGAGAAGGCGGCGGAUAUGAUCAAGCAGGAUCACGGUUUCAUACAAUAG